ACUUUACCGGCUACCAUACAGGGUGCUCUGUGCUUCACACCCACCACCCUCGUAUCCUUGGAGUUUUACUAUCGAAUUUUUUGUGUGUGUCCAUUUCCUGCUGCUCCCAGGGCGUAAAACUAAAAUCGACAGGGAAACAAGAGAAAAAUCUCCAUAAUUCUGCAAAAAUUCAUAGUGGAAAUUAUUGCCAAGGCUUUUAAAAAAGCAAAAAAAUAUAACUUACUGUGUAAAUAGCGAAUAAAAGCAUCGCCCUGCCCCAGAACCGGGAGUGUGUCAAUCAAUUCUUUGUUCCUCAUUCAUUUUUUUGUGGGGGGCAGACAAAGACAUCAAAUCAACCGGAAAUAGUGCAAUUGGAAAAUCUCAAAAUCGAGGACAACGAAUCUAGGGAAUAGAACCUUAAAAAAUAUAUUAAAUUAAGAAAGAAAAUUAAUGCUGCAUGAUGACAGGCGUAGUUGGUGCAACCCCAACCCCUAAGUCGCCCGAAAGUAGGCAAAGUGGAAGUAAACACGCACACAGAUGCAUGCCCCAUUGAAAAAUCAAUAAUCCCAGCCGGCGCGUAGUGCCCGAGUGCCACAAUAACAACAAAAACAACACCAACCCAUCAAAUAGGCUCUCUUUUGAACCAAAAAAAAAAAAAAAAAAACAGGGACAAGUGUAAACAAAGCACAAUCGUAGUAAAAACGAGUAGUAUUACGAAAAAGUAGUACGAAAUUAAUAACGAUAAAUAAUAACAAUCCGCCCUUAGAGGAGCUCAGGCAUAGUCAUUAUACGCAACAUAAUACGAGGCCAAAGGAAUCCUUACACGAAUGCCAAUCAGCUAUUCCUGAGCACCAUGCAAACGCUGCGCAAGAAAACGAGUCCUUGUAAAUAUCGCAAUGAUCCGGGACGAUUUUUCGGCGAUGGCGUUCAGUUCAAGGCCAAGCUCAUCGGCAUUCUGGAGGUGGGCGAGGCGCGAGGUGAUAGGAUGUGCCAGGAGGCGCUGCAGGACCUCAAGAUGGCCAUACGGGCCGCCGGCGAGCACAAGCAAAGGAUAACGAUUCAUGUGACCAUCGAUGGUCUGAGGCUGCGGGAUGAGAAGACGGGCGACUCUCUGUACCAUCAUCCCGUCCACAAGAUCUCCUUCAUUGCCCAGGACAUGACCGAUUCGAGGGCGUUUGGAUACAUCUUUGGGUCACCGGAUAGCGGCCAUCGGUUCUUCGGCAUCAAGACGGACAAGGCGGCCAGCCAGGUGGUGCUGGCAAUGCGCGACCUCUUCCAGGUGGUCUUCGAGCUCAAGAAGAAGGAGAUCGAGAUGGCGCGCCAGCAGAUCCAGGGCAAGUCCCUCCACGAUCACGCCAGCCAGCUGGCCUCCCUGUCCUCGCUGAAGUCCGCCGGCCUGGGUGUCGGAGGCGUCGGUCUGGGUCUUGGCGGGCACGGCGACCUGGCCAGCGGCGUUUCUGGGGGCGGUCAUGCCCUCACCUUGCUGGGAAGCAGCCUCAACACGUCCUCCAAUGGCACUAGCCGGCUGGGUGUGACUCUCGACGUGGCCAAGGCAUCAGGAUCGGCGGCCAAGGAAAUCUCCCCCGAGUCUGUGGCCGAUUUGGUGGACCUGGAGCAGGAGCUCACCUCCCUGCAGCGGGGCAUCAGCCAAAUGGAACGCAUCACACCCAAUGAACCCGCCUCCAGUGGCGGCGGACAUCCCACUUUGGCCAAAUCCGCCAGCGAAGACGAUCCCUUCGGAGACUCGUUUAUCUAUGUUCCCUCUUACAACAUCCUGCCACCGCCACCCGACUCCGGACGCAAUCGCCACAAGCCGACUAAGACGCCAGAGACGGCGGCCAGCCUGGAUGCCAUGCUGUCGCCGGCACCAGGAGCCAGCAGCUCCCAGUCGCCGGCUGGCCAGGUCGGCCAGGCGGACAACGACGACGACAACUGGCUGCAGGAACUGGAGCAGCAGAACGACGUCUUCGAUACCACCAAAGUGGGCACAGCUGCUGCCGGACUGGGCUCUAUUAUGACGAUGGCACCUCUGGCUUCCAGCGAGUCCACGGCCACGCCCACGCAACAGCUAACGGAGAUGGGGGGAACUGGAGCUCUGGGAGAUCUGGAUAUUGGCUUGGGAACAGGAUCAGUUCUGGGCCAGGCACUAAGCAGCGAAGAUCAGGCCGGCACUGUGUUGUCUCUGGAUGCGUUCACGGAUCUGGAUCCGCUGGGCACGGGACGCACCAGGCCGUAUGUGGAUAAGAAGUACUUCUUCCAAGAGCUCAAGAAUCCGCCCAAGAAACUGCUCAAGGAGCUCAGCUCCGGCAGCCAGGCGGGUCUCGGUCUCGGCCAGUCCAUGGGCCAGCCGGACGGUUUCUUUCCGGAGGACAGCACCACCAUCUCCACCACAACCACCACCACCACCACCACAGCUACUAACAUCUCCGCAGGCAACUCGCUGGGGGCCCACAACUCGGUUAACUCACUAACCACCACCGCUAGCACCGCCGCCAGUCUCGGCCAGCUUCUGUCCUCCGUCUCCGUCUCCGUCUCCUCAGCCAGUGCCAUCUCAGUUCCCAUUUCCUUCCCACCUCCCGGUUCCGGUUCCGGUCCCAUUCCCGCUCCCUCCUCCACCUCCAUUUCCCAUGCAAUCUCCACCAGCGCUGAGCUGAAACUGCUCCUCGGCCAAGUCACUAAUCCGCCUAAUCCCACCGGCCACUAUUAUACCGCAGAACCACCUACGCUGACUUCCCUGGAGGAUCCCCACGGCCACGUUCCGGCCGCCGAUCCGGUUCUGCUGCCACGCGACACGGAUCCGUUCUCCCCCACGCGCAAGAAGAGCGAUCCGGAUCCCUUCCAGGAGGGCGACCUCUUCGCCAAACUGGAUGCCUUUGAGUUCGAGGCUCCGCCGUCAGUGCCGGCUCCCUCGAUCCCGACGGAGGCCAAGCCGAACGUCUUCAACGGACCGCUCCAGGUGCAGCUGCCGCCGGAGAAGGAGCUGCAGCUCCAGCAGCCGCCGGCAGCAGCCAUCUCCGCCAGCACGGUGAGGAAUCGUCCCUUGGCCGCGGUCUCCGCCCUGCCCAGUGGCGGACCCCUGGACGUGAUCUCCAGUAUUAGCAACAAGAAGAUGCCGCAUCUGUUUGGCCAGUCGCGGGCCUUCGGCAAGUCCUCGGACAUCGGAUCGAGUGUCAAUAUGCGGCGUCUGCAGGAGAGUGACUCCCUGAGCGAGACGGAGGCUGCUCCGGAGCCACCGCCGCGUCCGGACUCGGCUCCGUACUCCGAGCCGCCGCCACUGCCGCCGAAGAAGCAGUUCAGCGACCUGGUCAUUCGCCCCACGCCCGCCAUUCCGACUCCCCAGCAAGCGGCUGGAAGGUACGAGUACCUGAACAGCAGCAGCCAAGCCAGGAGAACUCCAUCCGCGUCCGCGGAUGCUCCACCCAUUCCAUUGCCCUCGCGCCGCGUGGGUCGAUCCGAUGGCAAUUUCCCGGGACCCGGAAGACCCCGGAAGCCGGGACACACCGAGGAUGACUACCUGGCGCCGUUGGGCGGACCACCGCCGUUGCUGCCGCCGCCCAGUCAGGGAUCUUCGGUCAGGUCGAGACCCCAGAGGCAGGCUUCCCUGGGCAGGCCGCAAGAUAUCUACGAGAAUAAGGCGGAGAUCCUGCAGGCCCAGGCCCAGGCACAGGCGCAGGGUCAGGUGAUGGAGAGUAGCGUGCCCCUGGCACCCGACAUCACCCUCACCCAGCUCCUCACCCUUGGCAUCGACGAUCUGGCCAUCAAGCUGAAUGUCCCGGCCAGCAAGCUGAGCACCAUGACCCUGGUCCAGCUUACGGCCUACCUUUCGGAGUAUCUGUCCAGCGAGAAGAGCCAGGUGACCAGCCAGCCGGAGCGGAGAUCCUCGCCAGCCAAUCCGCCCCCGGCAGCCGCUCCGCCCUCCACUGCGGCCGUUUUCAAAGUCAACUUCGACCAGCAGACCUCCUUUGUGGCCAAGUUCGAUGACACCUUUGGCGAGGACGAGGUGCUCCCCGCUUCCCAUUCGGACUCCACUUUCGUGGCCAACUUUGCCAACUUCAACGAGGCGCCCGUUCCCACUCCUAUGCCCGGAGCAGGAGCGUCUUCAGCGCCCAUCGUGCCGCCAGCGGAUCGGUAUGCAGUCUUCCGGGAGAUCAUCGACCAGGAGCUCCAGCAACAGCAGCAGGAGACGGAUCUGAUGGGUGACCUGACGCCCCCGCCGGUGGACGAAAGUCAGAUGAAGGAAGUGCCAGAGUGCUUGGAGGUGUCCAGCGUCGCUCCAGAGCUGCCCAUCGAUGCCCUGGAGGUGGCUCCGGCUCCCAAAAUCGACACCAAAAUUACGGAAGUAGUGGCCCAGGCUAAGGAUCGGUAUGCCGCCUUGCGGGACAUCAUCCUGGUGGAGAACCUCUUCGACAAGCCUUCGCCCCCAGUGGCUGCUCCUCAGCCGGAGAAGGACCUGCUGCAGGACUUCCCGGAGUUCAGCGAUGAGUUUAACGAGGAUCACGAUCUGCGCCAGAUAAUGGACCAUCAGGAUCACGGGCAUGGCCAAGUCAGGGAUCGACGUGGGCUGGUGGACAGUAGAGGCUUUCCCACUGAGCCCUCCUCCUCCGCCCUGACCGUGGACGACGACGACGAGGACGAGGAUGCCGACGCGGCCGGAGAGAGUAGCCUGGACAGCAACGAGAAGGAUGCGGAGCCUGUAAGUGGCCAGGAUCAGUACGAGAAGCUGUCGACUUCGACGCAACAGCUGGACACCGCUGCCCCUGUGCUGGAGGAUCUUCCCCAGCAGCCACCUCAGCCCCAAUCGCUGACGCCCAAGCAGGAUCAGAAGUUUCUGUCGGUGUUGACAGGUCCCCCUGGGGCCGGAACCAAAGACGACAUCGAAAUUGACGAGCUGAUGCAUCGCGCCAUAUCGAAUCUCUCCCUGGACUCCAGGGAGCGUGUGUCGCCGGCCACCUCCUCGGCGGCUCCAUCGCGAGGAGCUCCCGGCCUGCACACUCCCUCGCAGUUCAAUGAUGUCAGCACCUCGCCCAUUCCCCUCCAGAAGCCGGUCAUGGGCAGCGUUGGAGGUCCGUCGCCGGUGCCCUCGCAGCUCUCGGCUGUCUCCCAGCUUAUCGACACGGCCACCAAGCAAAUGGGCGAUCGGGAACGGGAGAAACAGUCCUGGGCCACCUUCGACUCUCCCAAGGCCAAGGGCAAGGCCCGGCUUACCCUGCCACCGCCGCCACCCCCCGCUUCGAACACCUCCCAGCCGGAUACGGUGGAGUCGCCGUGCAGCUCGGAUCCUCGGGACGAUGGCUGGUCCAAGCAGCAGCGCCGCUGGGCGAAGAAGGAACGCCAGCAGACGUCCUCCUCGUCGCGCGAUCUCAGUCCCUGGGAUGACGAGACUCCCGAGUAUCUCAAGCGACGCCAACUGGCCGCCGCCCAAAUGGCCCAUCCUCACCAGCCGCAGAUGCAGCCACCGCCAGAUCGGCAUGGCUACUAUAUGCGCCACGCCAGGCGGAUGAACUCCUGCGACGAGGAUUACGACUAUGAUGCGGAGUUCAUGGCUCGCCGAGAUCAGCAGCAGCAACAACAACAGCAAAGGAAGUUCAAGCAUGGACUCUCUCGCAGCCGGGAUAACUUUGAUCUAGAUUCCCCCAGCUGGUAUCACCAUCCGGCCCAUCAUACCUGGUCCCCGCAGGAGAUCGAACAGGCCAGGGCCAGGUCCUUCGAGAGGGCUGCCUAUGAACGCUCCAGCUAUGGACCACCGCCGCCCAUCUACGACAAACGAGGACAGUUGAGGAGCAAGUACCGGGGCGAUCACCGGGACAGGGAUCGUGAGCGGGAGAGGGAACGGGACAGGGACCGGGAGUACCGGGACUAUGCUCGUCCCAGCUACGACUUCGACUACGAAAACGUGUACGAGGAGCGCGGAGGUCGGUCGCCCAUGGCCUACAAGCCAGGAAGAGGUGGUGCCGACUACAUGUACGACCGGGAAAGGGAUCGAGAUCGUGACCGCAAGUCCUUCGAUCGCGAGAGCCUCGAAUCCUACGAGAGCGCCAAUCGGCGGCGUCGCAGCUUCGGCAGCGGCAACGAUGUCUACGGUAGCUUGGACAGCCGCGAGGACUACCGCGGCGAGAGGGACAGGGAUCGGGAGCGGGAUCGCGAGCAGAUGAAGACGCGUUCCCUGCGGAAGCCCACAACCACCUCGGGGAAGCUGCGGAUCAGCGGUGACAUUGACUACGAGCAGGAUUCGGAGCAGGACUUCCAGCAGCGGCCAGGUGUCCGGAGUCUGCAGCGGCCCAGUCAGCUGGGAGGGGAUGUGGUGCUGCCCUCCAGUGCAGCCGGUGGCUCACAGAGACUGCGCAAGAGCAGCGGUUCGAGUCCCUGGGAUGGCGAGGAACCCACUUUGCCGGGCCAGAAGUCAUGGAAGCGUCCAGCCAGUGCUGCGGAAACGGAGAGGCGUCUGGCCGAAAGUCGUAGGGCGGCAGCGUUGGGACAAACUCCCUCAGACGGAGAAAAGGAGCGAAGAUUCCGCAAGAAGACUCGUGCCCGCAGUGCCAAGGAUUUGGCCAACAUGGGCACCAAUCCCGGCUCGGCUGUGCCACCAUCCCGCUACGGACGUCCUGGCAUGAGGGAUAACUAUGACUACAUGUGUCCUCCCGGCCCCCGGAACGACGAGGUGGACGACGAUGAUGAUGACGACGACGAGGACUACGUGGACGAUGAGCCGCCGACGGAUGAGGACAAGUUCGAGCGGCUCAACCGCCGGCGUCAUGAGAUGCACCAGCGGAUGAUGGAGAGCGAGCGGCGUCACAUGGAGCGGCAUCAGCCGCCGCCGGCGCUGGGCAAGCUACCGGGCCAGAAUCGGAACCGUGGCGGCGUUGGGGUCGUCAACAGCGACUACGGAUUCGUGGACAGCUACGAGCAGACACCCACUCCGACGCCGCGCUCGAAUGCCAGUAGCACGGGUCCCGGGGGCAUGAUGAUGAGCGGCGGUGAGUCCUCCGCCGGGGUGACCAGUUCCAAGUUCAAUUUCGACGACGGUUUCGAGUCCGACUUCAAUCAGAGCUCCCCGCCGCCAGCUCCGGCAGGCACUGCAUCCAGCUGCACCUCCACGCCGGCUGGCCAAGUCUCCGGCAGCGGCAACAACGGCGGAUCCAAGAGCCUCUUCCGCUUCUCCAACGACUUCUCGGAUCGCGAGAAGCGGGAGCAGUUUGAGGCGGACACGCCGCCGACUUCAACUCCUCCCAUCACCCAGAAACUGCGAUUCGAUGACAAUGUCAAGGUCUCCCAGUUCGACGACGCCGCCUUCGAGGAUGACUUCGCCAAGGCCUCCUUUGACUUCGAGAAGGAGCAGGUAACGGGUGCUGGAGGAGCGGGAGCCAUGAGCCGGAAACAGAAUAUGCGAACCAGCAAGCUGCAGCAGCGCCAGGAGCUCAUUAAGAAGUCGGAGUCUGUGAAUAUAUUUGCCAAAAAGCAAGAGGAUCCCUUCGAGGAUGAUGAGUUCUUCCGAUCGCCGGACCAGGAAGAUCCGAAGGAGCAGCUCGAUGAGCAGGCGGAGUCCGGGGGCGGCGGGGGCAAGUUCCAGUGGGGCGAGGAGGCGAACUUUGCCAAGUUCGAUGAAAACAUGUGAUUUGACCAACUCUUUGCCAAGGCAUCGGGUCAUCAGAAGCAGAAGCCGAAGACGGAGCAUCAGCGCCUGGAGACGGAUCACAACUAUGCGGAGAUCGACGUGGUGAACGAUGCGGACUUCUUCUACCUGACCAACCUGAAUCACUACUACCAGCAGCAGAGGCUGCAGACCUUGAUGCAGCAAAGCCGCCACAUCUAUUGCAACAUACCGAUCCAGGAAGCAACGCAACCACCACCGCCGCCGCCACUGACCAAGUCCACGGCCACAUCCAUGAGUCCCUGGAAGGAGACGAAGCCUCAACCAGAAACAGAGCCAGAGCCAGACCCCAAGUCUAGCCAGUCGAAGAAGCCGUUGGAGAAGCUGCUGCGGAAGCCGAAGAAGUGGAAACUAAAACGGACCCUGGACGACUUCGUCAAGUGUCUGAUCAUCGCUUCCUCGGAGCAUGUCCACGACUACGAUGUGCUGUGGUAGGAGCAGGAGGAGGAUUGGGAGAGCGGCGAGUCCCAAGAUCAGUCUUGAUGGGAGCCCCGUAGUACGAUAUAUAAUUUUCCAGACCCAUAUACCUUCUAGUCAACUCAAAAGCGCCAUAAAACUGAUAGCUUAUAUAUCGUAGAAGAGUCUUGAACCGUUCUGCCCAAUCCUGGAUCGCAGGAUUACUAGCCUGAAGUUCCCCAACCCCUGAUUGUAUAUAUAUUCCAACCCAACUGGCCAUAGUCAAGCGUUUGUUAAAGUUACAACCCAAGAAACUCGAGAGCUAACGAAAUACUCAUCCCGAAAUACCCCAAAAAAACCCGAAAAUCAUCAAAUAACGAAAGCAACUAUCAAUUGCCUAUGCUAGAUGUCGUCUAACCCACUUAACGGUGUUUAUCCCUUGAAGGAUAUUCCUAGGAUACGGAUUACGUUAUAUACAUAUAUGCCUACUCCUUGCAUUAUUUUUACGAUCGAUCGAUGAUGAUUACUAACAUCUAAUUUGUUAAAUUACACACCGCAGUGUCGCUAAAUAGUCUUUUAUGAUUUAACUACAUUUAUACAACAAAUUAUAUAUAAAAUAAAAAAUAAAAAAUAAAUAUAUAUAUAUAUAUAUAUAUAUUAUAUAUUAUAUAUUUAUACGCAACUGACGAGCAACAGAAACUGAAACUGAACGAUCAAGUAACUCCCUUGCAUCUAAAUUAUUAUAUACGAAAAUUAUACAUAAAGCAUAUUCUUAUAAUUAAUACGAAUACGAUAGUUAUUGUCAUUAUGAAUUAUAAAUUAAACUGUGAGAAGCAUAAACAAGUGUU